UCCACCAAGUGCACCCGCUUCUGUGUUUAAUGUACGGUACCCGAGUCGACCUGUCAAUUCGCUCGGCGUGUCGUCGAUAUAUACACGUUCUUCGCUAUUUUAUUUAUUUAAAUCUUGAUACGUGAAAUGUAAAAUGUCGCGUCGAGACGCUGUGAGACAAAUUGACUCGUGUUGUAAUUGGAUUGUUUGAAGAAAAUCGAUAUUGCGCGCUGCAUCGUUUCUAUGCGAUUAAUUAUUUUAUAGCUUUUAUUUACAAAUGUAAUUUUCGACAUUCUAUAUGACGACUAUUACAGACUGCUGUUGGAAUUACCAGUUUUGAAAAAGUCUUUUGGUUCCAUGUCUUCCCCAUACCUGCAAUGAUGUCGUACGAUUAUCCUCAUCCAGUCUCGAGAACAUAUCAAUACAAAAAGAUAACGAAGCCGCUUUUGGAGAGGAAAAGGCGAGCGCGUAUAAAUCGUUGCCUUGAUGAACUUAAGGAUCUCAUGGUGGACGCUUUAGAGACCGAAGGCGAGAACAUUAGCAAGCUGGAGAAGGCGGAUAUCCUCGAGCUGACGGUGCGUCAUCUGCAGAAGCUGCAGGCCUCGCGGCCCGCCGGACUGUCGACGUCGAUUGCGAACGGCGACGAAAUUUCCGCAGAGAGCCGCUGGCAGUCCGGCUUCGGACAUUGCGCGGCGGAGGCCUGCAGAUUUCUCUCGUCGCUUCCAGGUGAAGCCGCGGAGAGGCUGGCGAGACACCUCGCAGCUGGCCUUCAAACGAGCCGGCAAACAAAUUCAUCGCCGAAAGCCAACCUGUUAUCGCCUACCCUGGCCAAUCUGGAUCGCAUCGCUAACGUUGUCGCACCUUGUCCCAUCGCCACCUCCGGCAAAAUUGACUCGGCGAUACUUCCUGCAAGCGUGUCCUCGCCGGAGAUAAAAUCCCAGCCUCGCGCUGAUAAAGCUGUCGAGAUCGGCGACGCGAGCGUGUCAACGACAACCUGUGUUUCUUCCACAUCUCGGUGUCGGGCGACGACGUCACUCGUUAACGAGAAGUUAACGGUAAAUUGCAGACCGAAGAGUUUGAGGGAUCGACGGCCAACGACAACAAUGACGGCGACAACGAUGAGGAACAAAACGAAUGACCCGCAAGACAUUAACGUCGAUGACGAUGAAGAAAUCGAUGUCGAACGCGUGGACGAACGCGACCCGAUGUGGCGACCAUGGUAGCGCAUUUUGUAAUGAGCGGCCGAUGAGAUGCAUUCCCUAUUCAGAGACUGCUUUUGACAACGUACCGUUAUUCAUCUCAUUUGUAUAUACUUUCAAGUUGUCGGAGUUGAUUUUUUUCUUGGAAAAAAAAUGUUAAGGCAUCGAUUAUGUUUUAGGUUUAUUAUCAAUGUCUGACAGUAGAAGCGGACAAAUUAACAGAUGUUUAUUAUUUACUUAAUUGCAGGUUUAUAUGUUAUUUGAACGAUAUUUUAAUUUAGAAUUACAUUUAAUUAAAAGGUAGGUCUGAUGUGUUAUAGAUUAUAUAAAAAUGUAAUAUUUUUAGUAGAUUGCAGUUAGAAGUUAGAAGUUAUGAAGCAUAGAAGAUGAGAACAAAUAUUAGAAAUAAUAGAGGAAAAGGAAAUUUAGAUGUUUAAAGUUCCAUUUUUAUUCUCUUUGACA